UUUGAAAAUAUUAAGUCCACAUACCAAAGCAUUUUCCCACUAUUUCGAAAACAAUAAUUAAGACACACACCUUUAUUAUGAUGAAUAUGUAAAAAUAAGUGAUACUAUGUUAGAAUUGACCUAUUAUAAGUAUCUUCAAUGCGGCCAUUAGGACAAUGUUUUGUCAACAUUCUUUUAUAAAUUGUUUAAUUGUUGAUGUUUUACAUAGCAAUCUAUUUUUUCAUUUUCAUAGUUGUAGUUACAAGGAUGUAAAAUCUCCUUAGCGAAUCUUCGUAAUUGAUUUUCAUGGUUUCAACAGUGUAUAGUGAAAUGGUCAACAUGGUUAUCAGCUUCAUUGGCCAAGUAUGUUUUCACAUUCAAGAAAUUUGGUUGUUUGAAAGGUGUGAACAAAGCUAAACGAUUGUAUGUAAAAAAUACAUAGAGAACGAAUAUGUAUUUAUAAGUAGGUGAAAACACAUGUAUGUGUACUCUAUACAUAAAUAAACGUGAUUAGCAUCAUAUUGUAUUUUCCAAUCUGUUACAUCACAGUUUUUCUAAGUAGUAAAUCCCUCCCUACAGAUUUAAGGAUGCUGAACUACAUCUUUAAUCCGUGCACCACAUGAUGAAUUGUCCAUAUGCUCGACACGUCCCACAUUCACGAAUCGGGGUCACUCCGAUUCUUUUACUCUGAAAGUCUAUCCCCGGAAGUCGCGUGCAACACUCCCGCCGACUUGACGCGUCUGCUCGGCAUCAUGUCCGCUGGCGCUAUCGCCGAGCAACGGAGGGAGAGAAGGCCGACGCGCGGAGCCAAAGCGAACCGCAGCAGCGACAGGGCAGGGCUCCUCUAAGCCACCUUCAACCGAGACACGCACCAGAGGGGAAAACGGGAUGGCUUAGUCGUGUUGUGUUGCCAGCAGUUGAUUGGCAGUGAGCUACCCGGACCACAGAUCCGCUGACUUACUGCUGCGAGGCGGCAGCAGGGCUGCAGAGAUGAGUGUGACCUCGUGGUUCCUGGUGAGCAGUGGGGGCACUCGCCACCGACUCCCCCGGGAAAUGAUCUUUGUCGGCCGGGAUGACUGUGAGCUCAUGCUACAGUCCCGCAGCGUGGACAAGCAGCACGCGGUCAUCAACUACGAGGCCGGCGCAGACGAACACAAGGUCAAGGACCUGGGCAGCCUCAACGGGACCUUUGUGAACGAUGUGCGCAUUCAGGAGCAGAUGUACAUCACUCUGAAGUUGGAGGACAAGCUGAGGUUUGGAUAUGAUACCAACCUGUUCACGGUGGUGAGGGGGGAGCUCACUGUGCCUGAAGAGGCUCUAAAGCAUGAAAAGUUCACCAGCGGCCUUCAGCUCAGCAAGAAGCCAUCCACUGUUGAAACCACGACCACAGCAGCCCCAAGCAAGUCCCCCGCUAGGUCCCCAACAAAGGCACUGAAGUCCCCAAGCGGCAGCAACCCAAGACCAGGAGAGAGUAGACCAGCAGACGGGCUCCCUUCUUCCUCCAAAGAGCAACCGGCCAAACCUGUGGACACUCACAAAGCUGAGGAGAGGCUAGCAGGAGACGUUGCAGCGCUGCCCCGUGGGACCCCCCUGUACGGCCAACCGUCUUGGUGGGGGGAUGGGGACGCGGACGAUGAGAACUCCUUCAAACAGGAAAUCAAGUCAUCCAACAAAAAACAUGACGGCUCCGUUUCAGACAGCAAAGAGGCUCGUCGGGGGGAGAAAGCUAAGGAGGACGGCCUUCAUGCGUCCCCCUCCCACGACUCCAGCUACUUCGAGAUGCCCACCAAGGAGGGUCACGCGGCCAUUAACGGCAUACACGAGAUUCCCACCAAGGACACAGAGGGCACCGGCUCUCUCAACACUGCAGCUCAAGGUCACGCCUCCUUCACCAUUGAGUUCGACAGCACUUCUCCGGGGAAAGUCACCAUCAAAGACCACGUGUCAAAGUUCACGCCCGACCAACACCGGCCGCGCUCCAAGAAGAGUGGAGCGGGAAGCGGCGGAGCGGGGGGGAGGGACUUGAGCACGCUGCAAGCUGCAAUGAUGGCGUCGGAGAGCAAGGUCGCUGAUUGGCUGGCCCACAAUGACCCCACGCUGGUGCGCACCGAGUCGACGGAGGACGACAGCAAGAGCAUCAAGAGCGACGUGCCGGUCCACCUCAAAAGGCUAAAAGGCAGCAAACAUGAGGACGGCACCCAGAGCGACUCAGAGAACGGACUAGGCCUGCGUUUCGCCAACCGCCGCCACGCCCUGGAGGAGCGCCUGAAAGCGGCGCACGGCCUGGUGGGAGCAGGAGGGGGCAACUUGGCGGCCAGCGCGUCCAGGACAGGCGGCAGCCGCACGUCCUUCAUGAUCGAGUUCUACGACGAGGAAAACCACCGCAAGCGCCGCUCGUAUUCGUUCUCCCAGGCUGCAUCACUGCAGGGGCUUGGAGCCGGUGGGGAGGGACUAUUUCCUCAGCCCCCCUCUCACCCGAAGGUGUUCAGCAUUUCCACCUCUGCAACUACAGCCUCGGACUCAGGUAGAGUCCCGGCUCCGAUACCGGCGACCGUGACCGCGGGAGCGCCGACGGCGGCCCGCGUGCUUCUCAAGCAGAGGUCCGAGGACCAGAGUAUCGGUCGCAGCUCGGCCAGCACCGGGCUGGCGACGGGCAGCCCCACCAGCCCCAGCGAGGACAUCUCGGUCGUGGGGAGGGCGGCGGGAACUGCCGGAGGGGAGACAGCGGAUGACCACAGCGAUAAGGGGACCUACACUAUCGAGCUGGAGAACCGGAACGCGGAGGAAGAGGAGGCCAGGCGCAUGAUAGACAAGGUGUUUGGUGUGCAGCAGAACCAGGACUCCUCUAGUCUUUCAGACCUGAAAGGAGAAGGGAAAGGAAAGGAGACCACAGAGACGGGGAAAGAGGCUCUUCCUGGAGACUCGAGUUGGGUCUCUCAGUGGGCCAGUCUCGCUGCCAAUCACACCAGGACCGACCCAGAGGGCUCAGGAGCAGAAACAGCCGCCUUCCUCCACAAAGAGAGAGGAACUGAGGCCUUUGAGUCCCUCAGCAGAGACGAAUCCUCUUCCAGUCUAACCGACCGUAAGCGCAGGACCCUCCCCCAGCUCCCUGUGGAUGACCCCCGGGCUAAGUCCAGCACCAAAGCUCUUGGGCUGAGGUCAGAGAUCGGGGAGAAACAGGACACUGAACUCCAAGAAAAAGAGAACAAGGGAGACGGGGAGUCCCCGACUCCCAUGAGAGACGGUGUGAUGGCCAGCAAACGGAAACAAAGCUCCACCUCUUUCCCGUCCAAGGCUCCUCUUCGGUCCUCUGGCACCCCCGAGCGCAGGAAGAGGUCAGAGGAGAGGAAUGGAGGAGAGUCGGGAGGAGAGAAGUCGGAGAAGCCUCUAGUGCGCCAGGGCAGCUUCACAAUCGAGAAGCCCAGCGCUAGUGUCCCAGCGGAGCUCAUCCCACGCAUCAACCGAGGGAGCAGCGGGCGGGAGCGCAGCGACUCGGUGGGCAGCAUGGAUACGGCCACGCUGCUGAAGGACACCGAAGCCGUCAUGGCAUUCCUGGAGGCCAAACUAAGAGACGAAAACCAACUAGAGCAGAAAGGUAGCAAAAAGGGCGUCCCGCCUCGUACCGACUCCAUCUCCCCUGAGUCCGAUGUCGACACGGCCAGCACAGCUAGUCAUGUGACCGGGGUGGCAGAGAGGAAAGCGCCAGGUGGCGGGGAGCAUAAACGGCGUUCCUUCAGCAGCAUGCAUCGGGAAAAGAGCAACAUGAGCACCGCUUCCAAGACUAGCGCCGCCAACGCCAGCGCCCGUGAUCGCUUGGACAGGAAGGCUAAAACAAGAGGUGUCGAGGUGGCGAGCCGGACGGACACGCGGCGCCCUGUUCAGCCGUCCUCCGCCUCCUCCAGAGCGCGCCGGCCUUCUCAGGAUCUCACCGACGACGACCAGAAUUCUUCCUUCCCCAUCUCCGACAUCCUCUCCUCGGACCAGGAGACCUACUCUGGACCUCUGGGGCGCUCGGCACACGGACGCGGCUCAGACGAUUUUCUGCAUUCCAAAGCCGACAGCAGGUCGGCGAAAACGUCUGCCGGCGGGUCCUCGAAAACCAGGAGCACUCUCCAGGCAGCGACCAGCGCCUCCCUGAGCAAGCAGGCCGGACUGCCUCAGCCGCGGCCCACGAGGGCCUCCCUCCUCCGCCGCGCCCGGCUGGGCGACACCUCUGACACCGACCUGGCCGACGCAGACCGCGCGUCCGUGGCGUCCGAGGUCUCCACCACCAGCUCCACCUCUAAGCCGCCAUCCGGUCGGAAAGGGCUGUCGCGACUGGACCUGCUGGCUCAGCCGCGUAGGACUCGCCUGGGCUCCAUCUCGGCCCGCAGUGACUCCGAGUGCACCAUGACACGCAGCUCCACCUCCUCCCCCCGCCUGUCGGCUGAGACCGCUCUGCGCCUGGGCCUGCGCUCGUCGACACCGACCGAGAACAGGCUGACGCCCCGGAUGAGGGCCAACAGCGUGUCGAAGCUGAACGAGGCCAAGAGUAAGAGCGCGGCCUCUGGGUACUGCUCUCCUACAGAAAGCCCUCAGCCAGAACCUGAGGGCGGUGAUGAAGAGGAGGAGCUAAUGGUAUCCAGCAGCAGCAGAUGGAGACGUCUGCCGCCGGAGUACGGCUCCACCUCAGAGGAAGAGUUUGGCUCCAACCGCAAUUCUUCGAAGCACGCAGGCCGCACCCACAUGCGUCCUCAUCACCUCGCCCCACACCGCGGCUCCAGACCGGGCACCGCCGCGAGCCCGGCCUCCACCGCGGUGACCGGUCCGGGUGGAGGGGUGAUCAAACACCGCAUGAAGGAGCAAGAGGAGUACAUCAAGGACUGGACAGCACACAGCGAGGAGAUAGCCAGGUUAUUCCCCUGUGUGCGCAGGAUCAGCCAGGACCUGGCUAAGGACUUAGCCAUCUUGGCCCGUGAGAUCCACGAUGUGGCUGGCGAGAUCGACUCGGUCAGCUCAUCGGGCACGGCGCCAAGCACCACCGUCAGCACCGCCGCCACCACCCCGGGAUCGGCCAUCGACACCCGGGAAGAGGUAGGCCCUGCACGUCCCACGCAGCCGGACAUACAGGAGAGCAUGAGAAAGUUGGUGGAUCGCGUGUUUGACGAAAGCCUGAACUUCCGAAAGAUCCCGCCUGUGAUUUCAACCAAUAAGGCGCCAGAGAUCAACGGCAAGCCAGUGGAGCUCCGCCCCCGGGCCCCCGACAGCCAAGAGCCCCGGGCUCUAAGGAGACGCACCUGGAACCGGGAGGAGGCGGUGUUGGACAGCUUGGUGCUCAAUUCAGUUUCUCAGCUGUCCACCAAGAUCAGGAACUCCAUCGAUAAAACUGCAGGAAAAAUCAGGAUUUUGUUCAAAGAUAAGGACAGAAACUGGGACGAAAUUGAGAGUAAACUGCGAUCGGAGAACGACACAUCACUCCCGAAAUCCUCCAACAAGGAGAUCUCCUCUAUUCUGGUCGAACUGAAGCGAGUUGAAAAGCAGCUGCAAGUGAUCAACGUAAUGGUGGACCCAGACGGGACUCUGGACGCCCUGGCCUGCCUCGGCCUGACCAGCCCCACCAGUCCUACCAAGCCCCAAACCGCCAAAACAACCCUCCCUCCCGCCUCCUGCCCCGCGUCUGCUCUCUCAGCCAAAGAAUCCCUGCCGGCCAUCCCCCCCGGAGCCGUAGGGUCAGCGGCCACGGUGACGGCCUCUACCGGCGGCGCGGGGGAGACGGCGCGGGACUCCGGCGUGAGUCUGGGGUCGGCGGGAGUCGGAGGACUGUCCUUCAAGCGCAUAUGGCCGAGUGGAGAGGAGGCCAUCGCACAGAAGUGAACAGUGCUAAGUGAAUAAAGUGCAGGCCGGAUUGCAGUGCAGCUGGCUGGGGAUCAGUGGUUGGCAACAAUGAAGCAUCUGCCGACUGCACCAGUCUAGGAUUGUGGGUGUAAUAUAAAUACAACAUAGCUGAGGUGCUACCAGAUCUGGCCGGUAAUGAACUCCUUCAACUCACCCACACCCUCAACUUACAAAAUUGUGACGAUGUAUAUUCACUCGAUGGAGUUCACCCGUGAAUGGUCAGGAUGGAGUCGCGUCAUGAUAUUUUGAAUAUACUUUCUGGCGGACAGAAGGCGUCCUGGGUGCUCUCUCAGUGGACGGACCUCUGUGGUUGUACAGUCUCCGCUCUCCUCCUCUUGCCUUCUCCAUGUGUCUGGACCCUACCUACACUGAGGACAUGCCUUAAAACACAUCCUUGAUAGUCCCCCUCAGAUAAUACACAGAACAUCUCUUCAGACUUUAAUUCAGUACUUUCAGACAGAAUGUGUUACUUGUAAUACAACAACCGUGGCUUUUAUUUUAUUUACACUACGAUGAAACACUGCAGUGAUUUAUCGGCUAUUGUUCCAGGAGUAUUUCAGCAGCCUUAAGGAACCACUGACAAACCACACAGUCACACAGACAUGAUUAAUGCCUGAAGCUGUUCACUAAGCAGGAAGAUGUUCUUUUUUUUUUUAACUCUAACCGUCCAUUGACGCUUCUCUGAAACUGACCCUGUGGAAAAGGAUUUGUAGUGCCUCCCCAUCUCAUUAUGUUUUACUCUCUGCCUCCCUCCCUUUCUCUCCCCAGUAGUUUGGAUAAAAAGUGCUUCACUCCAGUAGCAUGUCCAGGACGGAGCGCUGAGCUUCUUCUCCUGCGAGUUGGUGUCUGUGUUGAUCUUACUAAUACUGAAUAGUAGUUUUAAACAAUAGUAACGGCCUUGGGGAAACCAAUGAUCAUGUUGAGACAUAAUAUUCACUUACCAAAGUUAACGCAUUUGUUGAUAUUGCCAUCUUUAAACAGUUGAGCCAUUUUGAAAUUCAUCUGUUGUGCAAAAGCCUGGGAAUCUUUAUUUAAAAUAUGGCGGUUCAUCGUACAUAUCUCGCCCUCUUCAGUCCACCCGUCUUCUUCAAAUGUCCAGACUAAAGCUUUUUCCUUAUAAUGAAAGUUUAAUCUGCCGUAUCUUUUUUGCGAUCCGUGUGACGUAUCCAUGUACUGCACUGCAUCCACUCAAGUGUCCCAUGAGUUCUAAUUGGCUUUUUAAAACUUUGUACAGUCACGGCUGAUCUGACAUGUUUUGAAAAAUGUUGAGCAAAGAAAAUAUUUCUUUGAACUAAAUAUUUUUUAAUAUUUAGAUACUGGUAUUUUGGAUAUUGUAGACUUUUACUUGUUAAUGCAUCGACUACAUUUCAUUCCUUUUUACCAGCCCAAGUAAAAACAAAAACUGAACAUGCAAAAGCCGCUGGAAUUGGUUUUCAUUCAAUUCUUGUCUAAAAGAACGGCGGCAACCUACGGGGAGGCUUUUCGUGGGUCAAAAUGCAUCUGUGAGGAAGGUCGUGAGUAGACAUGGACACGUCUUAUAAUAAGUGGCUUCGUAUUAUCGGUGUUUGUAGGUGCUUUGCUCUAUUUCCACCGAGGCGACACGUUUGAGCGCACUGAUGCUGUAGUAAUGCAGAGGACGCACUGGUAACCUUUCCCCCAUUCGCUGCUGUUCUAGUUACUUUACGGGGGACCAACCACUUCCUGAGCCUCUCUUCAGAUGAUAGUCUGUGUUAGAGUAAGACAACUUAAAAGCAGUGUGUUAGUACUUAGAUAUUAGUGAGUUUAGGUGCCAGAAUACGUGUUCAUUUCCAGUUCCUCUCAAUACGCUUCUGUACAAUGUUUUUCAAUGCCUCAAAGUGCCCGUUUUUUUCUAUAGAAGGGCAUCAAUUGAAAGAAAAGAAAAAGACAUAGCUGUCUAAAAAGAUUUCUCUUAUUUUGCACAUCAGAUUGUGGUGUUUUUCAUUCAGAAGUAGUGAAGAAGCAGUGGAAGGCUGCAUUCUGUGUCAAAGGAUUUGACCGAGAACAUCACAAGUGAUGCCUUUCCCCUCUGGAACUAUUCUGUCUGUACAAACGGAACCUCUUAUCAUCCUUUUUUUUUGUUACUUUCCCUUCCCUUUUUUUUUAAAGGAAAUGUUAUUAGGGGACUGUGAAUGCUUGGUACAUGUUUAUUUUUAAAUUCUACAUGUCAUCUUAUCAGUGUUUUUUGUCAUUUUUGUAAAGAAAAAACAAUUUUAUUUAUUUUUUGUUUAAUAUUUUGUGAAUGUUUUCAUGCGUUUUAUAUUUGUUCAACUCUGCAUUGUUUCUUACUGUUAAUAAAACAGAGCCAUUCACUU